UCUCACCUGAAGAGAGUCUGUAGAAAAGAUGGAGACACCUAAAGUCCUAUUAAAAACUUUAAAAGAUUUGAAGGAAGAGGAAUUUUAAAGAAUUCAAGUGGCACCUGGAGAAGAAGGUCCUAGAACUCCCAGGAAUCCCAAGAGUGAACUAGAGAAAGCAACCGGAUGGAAACAGUGGAUCUGAUGCGUACGUACUACGGCAAACACGUCAUUAAAGUGACCAGAGAAGUUUUGAAGGAGAUCCCGAGGAAUGAUCUAUUAGGGGCAUUAUCAGAAUCCUCAUCAGAAUCCUCAUCAGAAUCCUCAUCAGACCCUAAAGAUAUUCUCACUAAGUGCCAAGGUGAACUCAAAUCAAACCUGAAGAAACAUAUGAAAAUAUCAAAUUUAUGGAAAAAUCAGAAUCCCUACAUAAAAUCUACACGGAGAUCUACAUCACCAGGGGAGACACCACAGAGGUCAACAAGGAACACGAGAUCAGACAGAUCGAACAAGCAUCCAGGAAACCAGACAGACCAGAAACACCCAUCAGACAAGAAGACCUCUUUAAAGGCUCAACUGAAAGAGGUAAACCAAUCAGAGCAGUGAUGACAAAGGGAGUGGCUGGCAUUGGGAAAACAGUCUUAACACAGAAGUUCACUCUGGACUGGGCUGAAGGCAAAGCCAACCAGGACAUCCAGUUCAUAUUUCCAUUCACCUUCAGAGAGCUGAAUGUGGUGAGAGAGAACAAGUACAGCUUGGUGGAACUUGUUCAUCACUUCUUCACUGAAACCAGAGACGCAGGAAUCUGCAUGUUUGAUCAGUUCCCGGUUGUGUUCAUCUUUGACGGUCUGGAUGAGUGUCGACUUCCUCUGGACUUCUCAACACUGACAUCCUGA